AUGCCAAUAGCCGAUCAACUGAUUGACACGGCUGCCAAGUAUGAAAUUAUGUAUUUUAUGGAUGGACACCCAGGUUAUAAUCAGAUUUAUAUUGCUGAAGAGGAUAUCCAAAAGACAGCUUUAAGAUGUCCAGGAUCGAUUGGAACUUUUGAGUGGGUGGUAAUGCCUUCUGGGCUGAAGAAAGCAGGUUUUUUAAAAUAUAUGCUAUCAAGGCUAUUGAUCACUGGCCGAAUCGGCAAGUGGGCAUUGGCUUUGAUGGAAUUUAAUUUUGCUUAUGUUCCGCAGAAAGCAAUUAAAGAAAGAGCACUUGCAAAUUUCCUGGCUGAUCAUCCAUCGAUAAAGAUUGAACCACAAGUAUUUGAUGAGCUUGACUUGGUAAAGAUGUUAACCUCAACUCCUUAUUACGCUCAAGGGAAUGGUCAAGCUGAAGUUUCAAAUAAAAUAGUAAUUGAGAUUAUUGAAAAUAUUAUUAAAGACAAGCCAAGGAGAUGGCAUGACGCUUUGUCAGAAGCUUUGUGGGCUUAUAGAAACUCAAAGAGAACUAGUACAGCAACUACUCCUUAUCGGCUAACUUUUGGACAUGAUGCAGUCUUGCUGAUGGAAUUAAAUGUGAAAUUGGCAAGGGUGGCUUUGCAACACAACUUGAUACCUACCGAUUAUAAUGAGGCUACACUUGCCGAGUUGGAAGACUUGGAUGAAAUACAUAAGCUUGUUUUAGACCACCUUAUGGUCCAUAAAGCAAAGGUAAUGAAAGCUUAUAAUAAAAGAGUAAAGUUCAAGUCAUUUGCAAAAGACGAUAUGGUAUGGCAAAUAGUACUUCCACCUGGGAAGGUUGACAGGAUUUAUGGUAAAUAG